UGAUGGUGUUUGUGUUGGUCUCCUCAGCUGUUGGACUGGAGUAAAUCGGGCAGUACCGAGCGUCUGUUGACGUUCUACCGGCUGACCGUUGUCGUCGCCGAGCGCCUCAAAGGACUCUUCGUCCUGUUCGCAGGAAAUCUGGUGAAGCCAAUGGCCGACCUGCUGAGACAGACGGACGUCUCGCGGACAGGUGAGCUGUUGUUUGAGUCGGGUCGCGGCGAGGAGAAGAGCGCUCUGCUGCUUCAGCUGCUGCUCGACUGUCUGCACAAGAUCUUCCUGUACGACACGCAGAGGUUCCUGAGCAGAGAGCGGGCCGACGCCCUCAUGAGCCCGCUGCUCGACCAGCUGGAGAACCUCCUGGGCGGAGAGCAGGUGUACCAGCAGAGGGUGACCCAGCACCUGGUGCCCUGCGUGGGGCAGUUCUCCGUGGCGCUGGCCGACGACUCGCAGUGGAAAACUCUCAACUACCAGAUCCUGCUGAAGACCAGACACCCCGAGUCCAAGGUGCGGUUCUCCUCUCUGCUCAUGCUGAUGGAGUUAGCGUCCAAACUGAAGGAGAACUACGUGGUGCUGCUGCCAGAGACCAUCCCAUUCAUAGCAGAGCUGAUGGAGGGUGAGCACACACACACACACACACACACACACACACACACACACACACACACGUGUUUGUUAGAUAUGAUGUGA